GGGCUGGCUCUGAGGCCCCCAUAGUGAGGGUGAAGCAGGAGGAAGAGGGGGACGAGGAUGAGAAAGAUCAUUUCCGAGCGCUGGAGAAGUACCGCCUGAUGAGCGUGCUCGGGUUACAGAGGACGUCCCUCCUCCCCAGACCAGAGGAUCUGAUUGGCUGGAGGCAGAAAAAACGCCUCCGCAAGUUGAAGGUCAAUAACUAUUCGUUGACCAAGAGGAGGAAACCUCGCCUCCAGGCAUCAGGGGGGCUUACGUUCGGGGGGCCGCCCCUGUCACUCCCCCUAUGUACCCCUGCCAAAGCCCACUUCCUGAGCAGGAUCAUAAAGACUGAGCCUGAGUAUCCAAUCAGCAUGGAGAGACUGAAGAAACCCAGGCAGCCCCGGCGGUUUCCGCCCAGUGACAGGAGCAUGCGCAGUAAAGUUGCGUUACCAGACCUGCUGCAGCCCGUGUCCAGGCUGGUCUACGGAGGGAGGGAUCUCAGGCGCUCUGUCAGGGGUGUUGAGGCCAGCCACCCCACUCCACCCCUCCCACCCCGUUCUGGGAACACCAGAGUUCCAAAUCCCAAGAGGAACAUCUCUACUGUCAGGAUCAAACCCGAACCUGCAGACUAUGCCAUCUCAGCACCAUCCAUCCCCUCAGUUGGCCAACGACCAAACCCACACCUCUCCCCUCCCAGGGCCCACCUCAGGCACAAGGUUACCACAGAAACUGUCAGAGCACUCCGCUACAACAGCGGGCGUCCGAUGGCCAAAGAUAAGCUGAAGCGGAGUGGCGUGAAAGAGGCUGAGAGAGCCCAGCGUAAGCCCAGAGAGGAGAGCAUGAGGACCGGGAGCAGCCAAGGAGUGAGAAGGAUCAUGGAGAGAGGGCCUGGAGGUAUGAGCAGCAGGGAGAUGAGCAGCAUCCUCAGCCCUGAUCCUGUUCCUCCUCCCAUCCACAGCCAUCCUCUGUACAGGGUCAUCAAGGAGGAACCAGCAGACCCUCUACCUGUGGCGGGGUCCUUCCCCGAGUCACCCUCCCUGUCCUCCUCCCCAGAGCUGGGCAAAAGGCAGAUCAAGCCCCCUGUCAAGCUCCUAGACCCAGGCUUCCUCUUCAGCUUCUGCCGGCCGGCAGGAGGGCCCAUGUUGGGGGUGAAGAGGGAGGAGGAGAGUGUGGAUAUCUGCCUAACACGGUCGGUCUCGAGGGUAGAGCGAUUUGGUUCCGGGGGGGCCCCAGCCAGGGUCCUGAGGGCCAGAGGAGGCCCCCCCACUCUCCACAGGGUGAAGAAGGAGAGGGAAGAAAGGAGUGUAAGCCAAAGUCCAAUCCAGAGGCAGGGGCCACCAAGGGCUGUCAACUCUCACCAACACAAACCCCCCACCUGGAUAGAGCCACAGGGUCAAAGGGUGCUUGCGUUGCACGGGACAUACCAAAGAAGCCAGCUAAGCCCCUGCCUAGCCGAGGCCCUGCCCUGUUGGAUUCGAUCCGCCGGGCGAGGCUAAAGCAGCUGCGGGGUCCUCGCAGUCAGGCCCCCAAGGACAAGUCAUCCCACGUCUGCCUGCAGUGCCGGGCAUCCUGUAAGGACUGUAACGCCCUCAUCAUGCACCGCAUCAGGCACAUCGAGGGCAAGCACUGGCCCUGCCCUCUGUGCAAUAAGACAUUCUUCAGGAUGAGGAAUGUGAAGAACCACAUUCGGACCCACGACCAGAGGCUGUAUAAGUGUCGCAGCUGUUUGGCUGCAUCCUGAGACCUGACUGGGGAAUGAGGGUUGAAGCUGUCUACAUUGACUGACGGGAUGAGAGGAGAGGCACAUUGUUAAACAGCAAGCUUGUAAAUACAAAGCAUCAGUCCACAUCCAAACACAAGUCUACCAGGAGAAAUGUAGUUACUAUUACGAUGAUGAUUAUUGUGGUAAUUCUUGAUUGGUAAUGUUAUUUAAAAAACAGAACUUAAUUUCUUGUUUGCAUUUUAGGUAGCUACAGGGGUUUAAACUUGAAAAUUCACUCAGGGGGUGGGGAACUGUGAGGUCACUGUAUUUAAAUGGUCGACGACGUCACAGUAUGUAAAUUAGAAUGGAAAUUAUGGAGAAUUAUUAUGAUAAUGAUUACUACUAUUGCUAUCAAUAUUUUUGUAUGUAUAGACUGAAUCUGAGUGCACCUAUACCAUAGCUUUGUUGUAAACCUAAAAUAAGUUGAUGUAAAACGGAGGGGUAGCCGGAGAGCAGUCCCAGGUGGAAAUACUUGAAGGUUCACAGGUCGAUUUGGAGUUGGAAUUGGAGAGUGUUUCUUAAAGUCUGUAGACGAGGGGGGGUGUUGGGUUUCUACUCUCUUUGGUGCUCAGAGAUGGUAUGAGUUGGCUAGUAUCGCCUCAUGUAUCGGUUCUCUAGUCUAACCUUUGUCAAGGGUUAGGGUUUGGGAAAGGGGGUUAGGAGGGGGGAAUAGGCCCAAUCACAAAAUGACCCCUGAACACCAUGCCCUAUGCACUUGUGGAGAUCGUAGCACAUUUGAUUGAUUGAAGCAAUAUGGAGAAACUUCCCCAUAGUAGAUCAAAUGGAAAGGUAUUUGUAUUAUCCUAUUGCUUACACAUGUCAUAUCCUCUCAGAUCUCCAUAAGUGCAUAGAAUCUAGGGGUCCAUUUGGGAUUGGGGCCAUGAGUUAGCUAGUUUGGGGUAAGGGGGUUCUAUGACAUCCCUGCAUGUUUGACUGCAGGUCUGUUUCCUCACCUUGUCUUUUCCAAUGUUACUAUAUAUCUAUGAAAGGGAAAACUGUCAUGUCUAAAUGUGAAUUUGUAAAAUUACUUUCUCAAUACUGAAGUUUGUUUCUGGAUUAUAUACAGUUCUUUUGGCUCGGUAGUCCAGAACGUUUUAUUUGAAAUGAUGCAAUGACUCUGGGGUUAAAGUGCAUACGGCCAGCUUUCAUUUGAGGGUAUUUUCAUCCAUAUCAGGUCAACAGUUUAUAAACUACAGCACUUUUUGUACAUAGUCUCCCACAUUUUAGGGCACCAAAAAUAUUGGGACAAAUUCACUUGUGUAUUGAAAAGUUUAGUAUUUGGCCCCGUAUUCCUAGCAUGCAAUGAUUACACCAAGUUUGUGACUCUACAAACUUAACAUUUGUGCGUCUAACGUUCACUAAUUAUUAUUCACGAUUCAUUCAGGACUAUUCGUAAUCAUGGUAGAAACACAUUUUAAUUUACAAAAGAAGUGACUCCAAAAUGAUACAAUACAUUAUUUACCAUUAAUUUCUAUUGGGUACAAAAUAAUUUGAAACAAACAAAACAGCAAAUGCAUCCAAAAAGUCUGUAGAGCAGGGCUGCCCAACCCAAGAUUUUCAGUCCAACCCUAAUUUAGCAUAUCUGAUUCAGCUGGUUAAGGUGUUGUUGAGCAGCUAAUUAGUAGAAUCAGGUGUGUUAAAUUAGGGUUGGACUGAAAACCCACAGGAUCUCCAGGAAGAGGGUUGGGCAGCCCUGCUGUGGAGUCAUAAGCUUGGUGUUAUCAUUACGUGCUAGGAAUAUGGGACCAAAUACUAAACUUUUGGUGCCCUAAAAUGGGAGGACUAUUUACAAAAGUGCUGAAAUUUCUAAACAGGUCACCUGAUAUGGAUGGAUAUACCCUCAAAUUAAAGCUUCCAGUCUGCAAAUUUAACCUGUCAUUGUUUGAUUUCAAAUCCAAACUUCUGGAGUAUAGAUCCAAAAUAAGAAAAAUACUGCAAUAUCCCAAUAAUGGAGGGCACUGUAUAUGUUUCUCCUUUUUUAAUUAAACUAGGAUGUUUGGCCUUUAAUAUUUUUUUUUCUUCUCAUAUUUAAGAACCUCUCUCGUACUGAAUGCAACGCGUGCACAUACUAUGGAGACAUUGAAGAUGUUCUGAAUUUGAUUGAAAGUCAGAUGAUUCACUCUCCUUUUGGUUCUGUAAAAAGAAUGAUAUGGAAUAAAUGUUUGCCUUUUA